CAAUCCUUUCAUCCACAAAUGACAUUUGACAGUUGACAAUUGUUGUAAUUGUCAAAACCGCGGAUGGUGGCUACGUAAAAUAUAUCGACGUCGACGAUUACGUUGUCUACGUGUCUGUGAACCAGUUCGUGAAACUCCAAAACCAGCCAAAACAUCCCGUUCACUCUGUGGCGUGGAAGCAGAGGUGUCGGUACGUUGAGUGGUGCUAACAGUGCAAGAAUCACCAAACCGUUACAAUUACACCUUACCGUUAUUAAGAAAGUUGUCUAUUUAGUUUGUUAAUAAAUUUAUUCGAAGAAAGAUGGUCAAACCAGUCAGAAAAAACUCAAACAAGAACCCCCCAAUUUUGAGCCACGAAUUUAUCAUCCAAAACCAUGCGGAUAUUGUCUCCUGCGUGGCUAUGGUCUUUGUGGUUGGCCUUAUGGUCCAAGCCACAUCGCCACUAGCUUCAGUUUUCAUUGCUCUCCAACAUAACGUAACAGAAGCUGGUGAAAUUCCUUUAUACAGUCCUGGGAUCAAAGACUGGGCAGCUGUUUUCUUCUACAGCUUGAUCUGUAUUGUGAUCCACGCCAUUAUCCAGGAAUAUGGUCUUGAUAAAAUUUCCAAGAAGCUGCAUUUAUCCAAGUCAAAGCUUGCAGUUUUCUCAACCAGUGGCCAACUGACCGUGUUUUAUCUAAUUUCAACAUUUUGGGGGGCUGAUAUCGUGUUGAAGGAGCAAUAUUUGCCCGAAAUUGCGCGACUUUGGUCCGAUUACCCCGCUCCAAUGACUUUCCUUGUUAAAUUAUACAUUAUUAUCCAACUUGCCUACAGUCUACAUGAAUUACCUGAACUCUAUUUCCAAAGAGUGAAACGUGAAGAAUAUUCAUCAAAAGCCGUCCAAAGCGUUGCAACUCUACUUCUCGUAGCCAUCCCUUACUUCUUAAACUUCAAUCGUUUGCUUGUUUGUCUCUUGGUGCUCCACCACAGUUCUGAAUUGUUUUACCACAUCACCCAACUUAUUCAAACUGUUGACAAAGAUGAGAAAUUCUCAAAGGCUGCCAGAAUGGUUUCCAACAUUUUACAGAUUUUGGCCCGUUUGGGUAGCAUCAUCUUAGCUGUUUUAACCCUGUGGUAUGGGUUGGCAUUAGGAGAGCAUCAACCCCUUGACAUUCAAGCUGGUUAUUACAACACAUCUACUGUCCGUCUUGCUGUCUUGGGGGGAAUCCUUGUUUUGCAAAUGUAUUUGACUAUUAAUGUAAUCAACCAAGAAAUCGCCCGCUCUCGUGAAAAUAAAGCCUAUACCACUGUUCCUAAACCUAAGGUGCAGAAGAAAGAAAAAUCAAAAAAGAGUAAAAAAGUUAAUAACGAAGAAUCUGAUCUCCCUGAAGUGGAUCAAAACACAAAUAAGACUUUAAGACACAAACAAAAAGUAAAAUAAGUUAUUUAGGUAUCUUUUUUUAUAUACAUUAUUUUGGAAAAACCAGACUUUACUGCUGGUGACAAUUACUGAAUUGUUUGUUUUCUGUAAAAAAUAUGAUUUUUUGAUGACUUGAA